AUGAAAUCCUCUUUGCUCUCGCUUCUCGCCCUGACGGGGACUGGUGCAUACGCUCAAGGGCGUGCCAGUGGUAACAAUACGGCGACGCCGAGCGGUCCCUCCACAAACUUGACCGGAUUCGACUACAUCGUGGCUGGGGGUGGUGCUGCGGGGAUAGUUGUGGCACAGCGCCUUGUGGAGAGCGGCAAGUCAGUCAUCCUCCUCGAACGAGGCGGCCCGUCGACCCACAGCACUGGCGGCAACAACUCCGUCCCAUGGAACAAUACCAUUACACCAUUCGACGUACCUGCAUUGUAUUCGGCGGUGCCUGGCAGCUCGUACUGCACCGACACCGCCGGCAGCGCUGGGUGCGUCCUCGGCGGCGGCACCGUCAUCAACGCCAUGAUGUUCGUCCACCCGCAGUCGGCCGACUUCAACGACAAGUUCCCAAGCGGUUGGAAGUGGGAAGACGUCAAGGACGCCGCAACUCGUCUGUACGAGCGCAUACCAGGCACCACCACUCCCUCUGCGGACGGCAAGCUAUACGACCAGGGUGGCUACGACGUCCUGUCCAAGUUCUUUACCACUGCUGGCUUCAAGAGCGUCGAUACGAUGGCGAACCCUGACGACAAAAAGGAUGUCUUUACACAUCCCCCCUGGAUGAUAAACAAGGGUAUCCGCUCUGGCCCCAUCCAGGGUUACCUUCCCUUGACCUCUGGAAAGAAGAAUUUCAAGCUGCAAACCAACUGCAAGGUACUUCGGGCCGUUCGCAACGACUCGACCGUGACAGGCGUCGAGGUGGAGAUGGCCGACGGAAAACGCCAGAUCGUCUCUCUUUCGGACCCCAAGACGGGCAAGGUGAUCCUUGCCGCGGGCACCAUGUCGACGCCCAAGAUUCUUUUUGCUAGUGGCAUUGGCCAGCCAGAGCCGAUCUUAACCGCGGCCAAGGUCAACGGCGUGCAGCUGCCGCAGAACAGCUCUCUCAUCAACUCGCCCGUCGGCCAGGGCGUCAUGGACCAUCCAGUGUUUUCGCUCGACCUCAAGGUGAAGAACUCAUCUUCGAGCACCAAGCUAGAGUCUAUAAACGCCACCACGCUGCUCAAGAGCCCCGCCCAGGAAGAUGUUGAUCUGUUUGCGCGGGGGUCGGGUCUGCUGGCACAGUCCACGCAGCGGCUCAACUUUUGGUCAGAGAUCGGCGGGGACGCGGCAGGGGACGGCCAGCGGCGCUUCUUCCAGGGUACUUGCAGCGUCGGCGGAAGCGACACGCUUAAGAUCAAGGUGUACAUGACGCACGGACUGACCUCGACUGGCGAACUGGCCGUCAACGCGACGUCCGGGGCGACUAUCUGGGCCAAGAAGCCGUGGAUGAACAGCGACGGCGACAAAAAGGCCGCCGCCGCCUUCCUUGAUCGCAUCAUCGCCAUGGCCAAGGCGCCCGGGAGCAACCUCGAGUUGGCCAAACCCAACAUCACGGGCACGGAGCUGGCCCAGAGCUUCGUCUCCGGGUCGCACUACGUCGGUUCUGCGCGCAUGGGCGAGGACAACAAGACGGCCGUGGUGGAUACAAACACAAAGGUUUACGGUACGGACAACCUCUUCGUCGUGGACGCAUCGAUUCACCCAGAUGUGCCAACCGGCAACACCCAGGUUGCAGUCAUGAUUGUUGCAGAGCAGGCGGCCGAGAAGAUCAUGAAGCUGAGCGGGCCGACGGAAGCCAAAGCCUGGAAAAGAGGAGGGUUUAGGCGCUGA